UCUAACCUAGCAAUUUGACUUUUAAAAGUAAGGUUAUUUUAAGAAAUUUUAUUGAAAAUAAUAUAUAAUAAACAAUUUUCUUAAUUAUUUUGGAUAUAUAAUUAAUAAGCCAUGGCCCAAGGAAAACUAAAAGUGAAAACAAAAGUACCACAAGGAGUAAAAUCAAAAAAGCCCAACAAGAACGUUACCUCACUAGCAAAAAGAAUCAAUAAACCUAUUCAACCAAAAAAGAGUAAAAUGAAGAGCGAACAGAAAAUGAAAAAGCUGUUAACCAAGAAUCUAAAUAAAGCCAUUGAAGAAGAAGUAAGGAGCGUAGCUUACAGCAGCAAUACAAAGCUGAACCUAUCGAAAGCACAGAAGGCUGUUGCUCAACAAAAUAUUGAACCUACAUAAAUACUUAAAAAUAUAUGUAAAGUUUGUAGUUGCUACAUAAUUGUUUGUAUUGUUAUCUUAAUAAUAAAUGAAUUAUAGUUUA